GCUCCGGGGGGGGGGGCGGCAGUCUGUCGCCUGGCCCCCUCCUCCUCACUCCUCGCCCUCCAGCGUAGCGGCUACCUAAGCGCUGCAGGGGGCUGCGGCUGCCUACUCCGCCCCAGACCUGUCGGCGAAAGGUUUAUGCCAGCGUGGCUUCAUUCAUACAGAUGAACCAAGGAUUGGGAUAGCAAUAUAAAAUUAGAAUCAGACAGCUGAUUGCCCAGCAGGAUGCCAUCAACUAACCGUGCGGGCAGCCUGAAGGACCCUGAAAUUGCAGAGCUCUUCUUCAAAGAAGAUCCAGAGAAGCUCUUCACAGAUCUCAGAGAAAUUGGCCAUGGAAGCUUUGGAGCAGUGUAUUUUGCACGAGAUGUGCGCACCAAUGAAGUGGUGGCUAUCAAGAAAAUGUCUUAUAGUGGAAAGCAGUCCACUGAGAAAUGGCAGGAUAUUAUUAAGGAAGUCAAGUUUCUACAAAGAAUAAAACAUCCCAACAGUAUAGAAUACAAAGGCUGCUAUUUACGUGAGCACACAGCAUGGCUUGUAAUGGAAUAUUGUUUAGGAUCUGCUUCAGAUUUACUAGAAGUUCACAAAAAGCCAUUGCAAGAAGUGGAAAUAGCAGCAAUUACACAUGGUGCUCUCCAGGGAUUAGCCUACUUACAUUCUCAUACCAUGAUCCAUAGAGAUAUCAAAGCAGGAAAUAUCCUUCUGACAGAGCCAGGCCAGGUGAAACUUGCUGACUUUGGAUCCGCUUCCAUGGCAUCUCCUGCCAAUUCUUUUGUGGGAACGCCAUAUUGGAUGGCCCCAGAAGUAAUUUUAGCCAUGGAUGAAGGACAGUAUGAUGGAAAAGUGGAUGUAUGGUCUCUUGGUAUAACGUGUAUUGAACUAGCGGAAAGGAAGCCUCCUUUAUUUAAUAUGAAUGCAAUGAGUGCCUUAUAUCACAUAGCCCAAAAUGAAUCCCCUACACUACAGUCUAAUGAAUGGUCUGAUUAUUUUCGCAACUUUGUAGAUUCUUGCCUCCAGAAAAUCCCUCAAGAUCGCCCUACAUCAGAGGAACUUUUAAAGCACAUGUUUGUUCUUCGGGAGCGCCCUGAAACAGUGUUAAUAGAUCUUAUUCAGAGGACAAAGGAUGCAGUAAGGGAGCUGGACAAUCUGCAGUAUCGAAAGAUGAAGAAACUCCUUUUCCAGGAGGCACAUAAUGGACCAGCAGUAGAAGCACAGGAAGAAGAAGAGGAACAAGAUCAUGGUGUUGGACGGACAGGAACAGUGAAUAGUGUUGGAAGUAAUCAGUCUAUUCCCAGUAUGUCCAUCAGUGCCAGUAGCCAAAGCAGUAGUGUUAACAGUCUUCCAGAUGCCUCGGAUGACAAGAGUGAGCUAGACAUGAUGGAGGGAGACCACACAGUGAUGUCUAAUAGUUCUGUCAUCCAUUUAAAACCUGAGGAAGAAAAUUACAGAGAAGAGGGAGAUCCUAGAACAAGGGCAUCAGAUCCACAAUCUCCACCCCAAGUAUCUCGUCAUAAAUCACACUACCGUAAUCGAGAACACUUUGCUACUAUACGGACGGCCUCACUGGUUACAAGGCAAAUGCAAGAACAUGAGCAGGACUCUGAGCUUAGAGAACAAAUGUCUGGCUAUAAGAGAAUGAGGCGGCAACAUCAAAAGCAGUUGAUGACUCUGGAAAAUAAGUUAAAGGCUGAGAUGGAUGAACAUCGCCUCAGAUUAGACAAAGAUCUUGAAACACAACGUAACAAUUUUGCUGCAGAAAUGGAGAAACUUAUCAAGAAACAUCAGGCCGCUAUGGAAAAAGAGGCUAAAGUGAUGGCCAAUGAAGAGAAAAAAUUUCAGCAACAUAUUCAGGCCCAACAGAAGAAAGAACUAAACAGCUUUUUGGAGUCCCAGAAAAGAGAAUAUAAACUUCGAAAAGAACAGCUUAAGGAGGAGCUGAAUGAAAAUCAGAGCACCCCCAAAAAAGAAAAACAGGAGUGGCUUUCAAAGCAGAAGGAGAAUAUACAGCAUUUCCAAGCAGAAGAAGAGGCUAAUCUUCUACGGCGUCAGAGACAAUACCUAGAGCUGGAAUGCCGUCGCUUCAAGAGAAGAAUGUUACUUGGGCGCCAUAACUUAGAACAGGACCUUGUCAGGGAGGAGUUAAAUAAAAGACAGACUCAAAAGGACUUAGAGCACGCCAUGCUGCUACGACAGCAUGAGUCCAUGCAAGAACUGGAGUUCCGCCACCUCAACACAAUUCAGAAGAUGCGCUGUGAGUUGAUCAGAUUGCAGCAUCAAACUGAGCUCACUAACCAGCUGGAAUAUAAUAAGCGAAGAGAACGAGAACUAAGGCGAAAGCAUGUCAUGGAGGUUCGACAACAGCCUAAGAGUCUGAAGUCUAAAGAACUCCAAAUAAAAAAGCAGUUUCAGGACACCUGCAAAAUCCAAACCAGACAGUACAAAGCAUUAAGAAAUCACCUACUGGAGACUACACCAAAGAGUGAGCACAAAGCUGUUCUGAAACGGCUCAAAGAGGAGCAGACCCGGAAGUUAGCCAUCUUGGCUGAACAGUAUGACCACAGCAUUAAUGAAAUGCUGUCCACCCAAGCUCUGCGUUUGGAUGAAGCACAGGAAGCAGAGUGCCAGGUUUUAAAGAUGCAGCUGCAGCAGGAACUGGAGCUGUUAAAUGCAUAUCAGAGCAAAAUCAAGAUGCAAGCUGAGGCACAACAUGAUCGAGAGCUUCGGGAACUUGAACAGAGGGUCUCCCUCCGCAGGGCACUCUUAGAACAAAAGAUUGAAGAAGAAAUGUUGGCUUUGCAGAAUGAACGCACAGAACGAAUACGAAGCCUGCUGGAACGUCAAGCCAGAGAAAUUGAAGCCUUUGACUCUGAAAGCAUGAGACUAGGUUUUAGUAACAUGGUCCUUUCUAAUCUCUCCCCUGAGGCAUUCAGCCACAGCUACCCAGGAGCUUCUGGUUGGUCUCACAAUCCUACUGGGGGUCCAGGACCUCACUGGGGUCAUCCCAUGGGUGGCCCACCACAGGCUUGGGGCCAUCCAAUGCAAGGUGGACCCCAGCCGUGGGGUCAUCCCUCAGGGCCAAUGCAAGGGGUACCUCGAGGUAGCAGUAUGGGAGUCCGCAAUAGCCCCCAGGCUCUAAGGCGGACAGCUUCUGGGGGACGGACGGAGCAGGGCAUGAGCAGAAGCACGAGUGUCACUUCACAAAUAUCCAAUGGGUCACACAUGUCUUAUACAUAACUUAAUAAUUGAGAGUGGCAAUUCCGCUGGAGCUGUCUGCCAAAAGAAACUGCCUACAGACAUCGUCACAGCAGCCUCCUCACUUGGGUACUACAGUGUGGAAGCUGAGUGCAUAUGGUAUAUUUUAUUCAUUUUUGUAAAGCGUUCUGUUUUGUGUUUACUAAUUGAGAUGUCAUAGUAUUUGGCUGCCGGGUUUUGUUUUUUUGUUUUUGUUUUUUAACUUUUGGAGAAAUUUUGAAAAGGGGAAUAGAUAUGUAUGUGUGUAUACAUAUACAUACAUACAUACACACACACACACACACACACACACACACACAUAUAUCUCAAGCAUGUGGUUACAAGAAUUGGCUAGUUAGGGGGUAUUUUCUGAACACUGCAAAAAUAGAAUGCAGCAAUGUGUCUUGAGUCAUCACUUUGGGGCAGUUAUAUCCUAAGAAGGUCGUGAAAAAAUCUAAAGCCUUUCUCCAUACCCCAAAUUCUUAUAAGCCACUCACAGCAGGCAGCAUAUGCUGAAACAAGUUAUUAUGGAAACACAUCUGUGUCCCCUCACCAAUGUAUUUUCUUUAUUAAAUUGAUCUGACUUCUCAGCCUCAUUUGGAGUGAAAAAGAACGUGGAAAUCCAUGAACACUAAAGGGUUCCAUUGACUUUUUCAGAGAGUGGAAAACAGUUUAGUUCUUUUUCUGAAUGCUGCAUAGAUUUGUCAGUGAUUUUCUUUUUUUUUUUUGUCCAUUCAAUUGUGCCUUUUUUGUGGCAUGGUGAGAUGGAGGUGUAAGGAGAUCACAAGUUGUGUGGGAAUUGCAUCAACGAACCUGUGAGCCUUUAAAGGGGAAGACCAGAAGGGUGAGAGAGGCCCCUGAAAGUUCAUAUGGUGGGUAUGUUAAGCAGCAUAGUGAGGAGAUGAAGCCUCUGUCUGUAUCCUGACGUUUUGUUGCUUAUACUGUGAUAUUUUAUCCUAGCUAAGCUCUAUAACUCCCAAGACCCCAAACAGUACUUUUACUUUGUACAAAAACAAAGAACAUAUAGCCAAUACAAAUCAAAUGCCAGAGAGUUUUGAAUGAUGCCAUAUUUGCAAACUGCCAUCUAUUGGAAUUCUCACCACACUACAUAGACAUAAUUUGAUUACCCCUUUUGGCUUAUGGGAUUUCCUGUUUACAAGUAGAAUAGCCAAUUAUUUAAAUGCUUAGUUGCCAUAGUGAACCAGGAGUCACUGAGCCAAUGACUUUACCAGCUGCUGACUAAUCCUCAUCACCACUGUAGAUUUUGCUGUAUGUGCAGGUCCUCUUUUUUUUUUUUUUU